CAAUAUUUUAUGUGAAACUUGUUAAACGUUAUUUACUAUUUAAUAUUCAAUAGUUUUGAUUAAUUAUUUCUAGAUUACGUUAAUUGUUCAAAAAAAUAUACAUUUAGUUUAUGAGGUUGUAUCCUGUUGCUUGGAAUCAGUGAACUGUUAAUUGGUUUGUUUAUUUGAACUUGAAUUUUUUUCUGACCGAUAAAAUGGAAGAACAAGAAAGAAAGUUUUGGUGUAAACUGAGCCAAGUAAUUGGUAAAAGUCAACUUGCAAAGGAAUUAACUUUUCUCAAAUUUAAAAAAGGGUUUUCUCCUUUUAAAGAUGCCAAGAAAGUUAGUGUAGUGAGAGAAACUCUUCUUGCCUCCUAUUGUUUUAUUUCGUCCGAUCCUUCGUGGUACAGGUCUACUUGGGACUGGAGACUGUUAUGGCAAUUAGUUGAGAAUAAUGACAAACCUGAAAUCAAAUGGCUUGCUAUGCAAUGUAUUCGGGUUCUGUGUAAUAUAUCUGAUAAAGAAUAUUUUGACUGGAUGAAAACAGCUGGCAAUUUCUCUCCUGAACAACUUCGCAAAUUUAGAUUGGAUUAUCAGUUCAUCUACAAUUUAAACCAAAGCUUAUCUCCUACCAAAACUGAGAAAAUAAUCAAUGAGUUAAUGGCUGGAAAUUCUGUGAAUAUUUAUGGAAUCCCCAUGGUUAAAUUCAAUGAAACUCUUGAUGGUUCUGAGAAGGGAUCAAAAAUGGUUAUCAUUCCUUCAGUUCGUGAUAACUUGAUGAGAUUAGCUGUUGCUUUAUCUGAAAAUCGUCCAGUUCUUCUCGAAGGUCCACUUGGUUGCGGUAAAACUAGUCUUAUUGAGCAUCUUAGUGAGCUCACUGGACGGUGUAAACCACCAGAAUUGACAAAAAUACAAAUUGGUAAUCAAGUUGACGGAAAGUUGUUAGUUGGUACCUAUUGCUGUACUGAUGUGAUUGGAGAAUUUAUUUGGAAACCAGGUCCAUUAACAGAGGCCUUGAUCAAAGGCCAUUGGCUUGUUUUUGAAGAUAUCGAUUGUGCCUCUGCUGAUGUUCUAACAAUCCUGUUAUCUAUUAUUAAAUCUCGAUCCCUUAAUGCUAUACCCGGUUGUUAUGCAUCCAAUGCAACCAUUGAUCCAAGAUUUCGUUUAUUUUUUACUCGAAGAAUUACUGACGGUCACACAGAAGCCUUUUCAAACGUCGAUAAAGAUAUGUUAAUUAAAAUGUGUGAGAAAAUUUCUAUCACCAAUCCUACGCAUGAGGAACUUGAACAAAUUAUUACUGUUCGAUGGCCAAACUUGAUUCAAAACAUCACUAGAAUAUGUGAAAUUUACAAGAUCGUGGUUGAUGAUGUGUCAUCAACGGACAAUUUUGAUCCCAUCUCAUCUUCAAACCGAAAAGCUUCAUUACGAGAUUUCCUCAAAUGGUGCCAAAGAAUAUCUUUAUACUUCCAACAAUUAGUUCUCAAUGAUGCACAACGAGAGGCUUGUUUGCUGGACGCAAAUGAUUGUUUUCUUGAAAACAUCUCCAAUAGAAGUGCUCGCUCUCUUAAAUCACAAGCUGUCGGAGUUCAAUUAAAUAUUGCAGCAAAAAUUACUGAGCAAAUUUUACUCAAUCGCAAGCCUGAAAUUUCUGUUAAAAACAAUCUAGUUACAGUUGGACGAGCUAAUUUGCCAGUUUUGCCUGCAUCUGACAAAAUACUAUCAUUGGAAGAUAGAACUCCUUUUUCUAAAACAAAUUCAACGCUGUGUUUACUUGAAAAGAUUUCAUGUUCAGUUUCAUAUAAUGAACCUGUCUUGCUAGUUGGUGAAACGGGAACUGGUAAAACUUCGACUGUUCAAUAUCUUUGUAAUCUUUUGAAUCGCCAAUUAACUGUGAUAAAUAUGAAUCAACAGAGUGACACUUGUGAUCUCCUUGGAGGCUAUAAACCAGUCAAAAUAUCUUUUCUCAUGAAACAACUUCGUGAUGAAUUCGAUCAACUUUUUACUUUAACAUUCAAUCAACAGACUAAUGCCAAAUUUUUGCGUGGUGUUUCGUCUGUAUUCAGACAACAACGUUGGGAUCAAUUUUUAGAAGUGCUACUCAUUAUUCAACAGCGUGCUCUUGAGGGUAGAAGUAAUACUUUGAAAGAUCGAUCUUUGGAAGAACGAGCUAAUAUAUUGGAACGUUGGCGAAAAUUUGGUGAUCGAAUUAACAAAUUGAAAUCCAGCUCUAAAGAAGUGCCAUUAGUGUUUACUUAUAUAGAAGGAACUCUUGUCAGAGCUAUGAGACAAGGAGAUUGGAUUCUUUUGGACGAAAUCAAUCUUGCUGAAUCAGAAACAUUACAAUGUUUAUCAUCCAUCUUAGAAUCGGAUGAGGUUCUUCUUUUAGACAAAGCUGAUGGUGAACCGGUUAAAAAACAUCCAGAUUUUCGACUAUUUGCCUGUAUGAAUCCAUCCACUGAUAUCGGUAAACGAGAUUUACCUCUUGGUAUAAGAAAUCGUUUUACAGAAUUUUAUGUUGAAGAGCUUGAAUCUGAAAUUGAUUUACGCGAACUUGUUUCAACUUAUCUUAAAAAAGCUUUUGGAGGUAAAAAAGAUCUUGUCGAAAGGAUUGUCAAGUUUUAUUUAAAUGUAAGACAUGAAGCUAAAAAGUCACUCAAAGAUGCUGUGGGUGGAAGUCCUAUCUUUACUCUUCGAACACUUUGCAGAGCUUUGCAAGUAGUCGUUGCCUCGACCUGGGACGAAUCUUCGUCUCUCAGAAUUCUUUAUGAAGCAUUCUGUUUAGCAUUCCUUACUCAAUUGAAUGCUGAGUCCUAUUCACUAGUUAGGAAUAUGAUCUUGAGAAAUGUCCUGAAAAGCAAAAACAUUGAAUCAAUUACUAAUAUGACGCUGGCAAAACCGAAAUCAAAGGAUUGUGAUUAUAUUCUUAUUGAUGGCUACUGGAUUCCCAAAGGCCCAAAUGAACCAUUAAUUGAUGAAACUUACAUUCUCACAGACUCUGUGAGCCGCAAUUUGCGUGACGUUUCUCGUAUUAUUUCAUUAGGAAGGUCUUAUCCUAUUUUGAUCCAAGGAGAAACUUCGGUUGGUAAAACAAGUAUGAUCAACUAUCUGGCGAAAAGAUCAGGUAAUGUUUGUUUAAGAGUAAACAAUCAUGAACACACUGAUUUACAAGAGUACAUUGGAAGUUAUACCGCUGAUGAUGAAGGAAAAUUAGUUUUCAAAAAAGGUGUUUUAGUAGAGGCGAUGGAAAACGGUUACUGGAUAAUACUCGAUGAGCUUAAUCUUGCAUCAACUGAAGUUUUGGAGGCACUUAACCGAGUUUUAGAUGACAAUCGUGAACUAUUUAUUCCUGAAACUCAAGAACUCAUCAAAGCUAACAAAAAUUUCCUACUUUUUGCUACACAAAAUCCUCCUGGACAUUACGGUGGUCGUAAAAUAUUAUCCCGAGCUUUUAGAAAUCGAUUUAUUGAGCUUCAUUUUGAUGAAAUACCUUCAAAUGAACUAGAAAUUAUCUUGCAAAAACGUUGCUUACUUCCACCUUCAUAUGCAAAGAAAAUGGUUAUGACUCUAACUCAAUUGCGAAAUCGUCUUCAUCAAAGUGUUAGCUUAUCGUUUGCUGGUAAGCACGGUGGUGUAACUCUUCGAGAUUUAUUCCGCUGGGGUGAAAGAUAUCGUUUAUUCUGUAAAGAUUUUCCAUCUUCUCAACGAUUUUACAACUGGGAUCAGCAUUUAGCUAAUGAAGGUUACAUGUUAUUGGCAGGUCGCUCACGAAAUCAGAUUGAAGAACAAGUUAUACAUGAAGUUUUGGGAAAAAUUUUCAAUAUUCAAAAUUUCAACCCAGAAGAAGUGUUCGAAAAACUUUUCCAAGAAAGCCUUUCUAGUCGAAUGGUCCCUGAUGAUUUCCAUCAUCUUUUCUGGACUUUACCUUUAAAAAGACUCGCUGUCCUUUUAUUCCAAGCUCUAAAAUACAAUGAACCUGUGCUUUUGGUUGGAGAGACUGGUUGUGGUAAAACCACGAUAUGUCAAUUAUUUGCUUCUCUUAGAAACAAACCUUUGUUCAGUGUUAAUUGUCACAUGCACUCAGAGAGCUCUGAUUUUCUCGGCAGUUUGAGACCAGUUAGACAUCAUUCGGAUGCUGACGAUGAUGAAACUAAUCAACGUUUAUUUGAAUGGGUGGAUGGACCAUUGGUUAAAGCUAUGCAAUUAGGCUCAGUGUUUUUGAUUGACGAAAUAUCGCUUGCUGACGAUUCUGUUUUAGAGAGAUUAAACUCAGUAAUUGAACCUGAAAGGCUUCUUUUGCUCACAGAGAAAGGCUUCAUAGGAAAGGGUGAAUCGAACCACUCCGAUCUCAUCAUAAAAGCUCAUCCAGAUUUUCAUCUGGUUGCCACAAUGAACCCUGGAGGCGAUUAUGGUAAAAAAGAAUUAUCUCCAGCAUUACGUAACCGUUUCACCGAAAUUUGGUGCUACUCAUCAACUGAAUUGAAUGAUCUCCGUCAAAUAAUUAGCCACAAUCUAAUAGAUUUACCUGUUAACCUCAAAGAAAAUAUAGUUUCUAGUUUAUGUUCUUUCCUUGAAUGGUUCUUGAAAAAAACGAAAGAAAGCGGAAUACACUUCACUAGUAUCCGUGAUGUCUUAUCACUGGUUAACUUUGUAUCAACAACCAUGAAGUCUUCCUCUAUGAGAAAGAAUACCUUAAAUCCCAUUGAAGCCAUUUCUCAUGCUGUACAUUUAGUAUUUCUCGAUUCUUUGGGAUCUUCUGGUUCCAUUUUACGUGACGCUGUUAAUGCUAAAAGAGAAUGUGAAGCAAAAUUAUUUUCGAUAUUGGACAAAACAUUUGGAGAAAUGAAAGUCUCGUCAAAUUCAAUUAAACUCACAGGAAACAAAAAUGUUAUCGGCAUAGCUCCAUUUUUUAUUCCCAAAGGCAACUACAAGACAACUUUACCAUCUUCAAUAUCGUCCAUGUACAUAUUUGAUUCACCCACAGUAGCUUCUAAUACUCAACGGUUACUUCGAGCAAUGCAACUUUCCAAGCCAAUUUUAAUUGAAGGUGUUCCUGGCGUUGGUAAAACAAGUCUUGUUCAAUCUAUGGCUAAAGCAGCCAAUUACCAAGUAAUUAGAAUUAAUUUGUCUGAACAAACUGACGUAAGUGAUUUAUUUGGUGCUGAUUUACCAGUUGAAGGAUGUGAAGGCAGAUUUUCUUGGAGAGAUGGCCCAUUGUUACAAGCUUUAAAGAGUGAUUCAUGUUGGAUACUCCUUGAUGAGCUUAAUCUUGCCUCUCAAAGUGUUUUAGAGGGUCUUAAUGCAUGUCUUGAUCAUCGAGGUGAAAUUUUCAUCCCAGAACUUGGUAAAACAUUUUCAGUCAGUAAACAAGCAACUCGAAUAUUUGCCUGUCAAAAUCCACACGCCCAAGGAGGUGAUCGUAAAGGUUUACCCAAAUCAUUCCUCAAUCGUUUUACUGUUAUUCAUGUCGAAAGUCUGACGACAGCUGAUCUCAAAUUUAUCGUUUCCAAUGUGUUUUCUACUAUCCCUAAUUAUAUUAUCGACAAGAUGGUAACUUUCAAUGAAAAAUUGGUAAAAGAAAUUGAGCAAAGUACAAGUUUUGGACGACGAGGAUCUCCAUGGGAGUUUAAUUUGCGAGAUAUUUUCCGUUGGUGUCAGUUAAUCUUGGCAUCGAUUGGUAAAGGAAACUUUGAUGAAAACGUCGCUAAUUCAAUGAAAAUUCUUUACAGUCGUCGGUUCCGAACCCGUGAGGAUAUUGAAAUUGUCGAAAGAUUAUUCGAGUCUGUCUUUGAUUGUAAACUCGAACGGUCCAUCACAAGAAUGACCAUUUAUCCAGAUUUAUUACAAGUUGGUCAUUCUUUUCUGCCGCGUACAAGUAAAGUCUCGAGCACAGAUGAUUGGUUUCUGUUAUACCGACAAUUACCCAUUUUCGAAGCCUUGAUGAAAUGUGUUGAAAUGAACUGGAUGACAUUGAUUGUUGGUUCAUCUCAAUCUGGAAAAUCAUCUCUUGUGCACUUAUUAUCAAAAUUAGUCGGUGUCAAUCUCAAGACUAUCGUCGUUAACUCUGAGAUGGACACAAUUGAACUACUUGGUGGUUUCAAUCAAAAAGAUGUAGUUAACGAUAUUGAACGAAUAGAAACUUCGAUUGAGCCUCUUAUUUGGAACUUUGUGCGUCUAAAAACCGUAGAAUCAAAUCAUUCUCUUGCCAGGGAAACACUGAAAGAAUGGUCAAACUAUAAAACAUCGAGCUCUAGUUGUGAAACUGCGAACAAGUGUCUUAAGCGAUUGAAGCAACUUCAAAAUAUAGUUGAAAAAGUGAUUCUCAAUGACAGUCAAAAAGAAAUUUAUUCUAAAAAACUCCAAAAACUUAUUGGUCACAUCAAAGAAAGAAAGUCUCUCACAUCACGCGGAACUUUCCAAUGGAUUGAUUCAGUUCUAGUUGAUGCUCUACGGGAAGGUGAUUGGUUAUUGAUUGAUGAUACCAAUCUAUGUCCUGCAUCAGUUCUUGAUCGUCUCAAUGGUCUCCUCGAGCCAGAUGGUGAACUAGUACUCAACGAACAAGGUUGUGUGGAUGGAAAUGUUCCUGUAGUUCGCCCUCACCCGAAUUUCCGUUUAUUCCUUACAAUUGACCCUAAAAAUGGUGAACUUUCAAGAGCAAUGCGAAAUCGAGGAGUUGAAAUUUUUGUAGCACCAUCGUUCAAUGAAUCGGAUAUUCGCUGUCAAAUGAUCAAAGCUGGAUUAACAAGUAAUGAAUUUCAAAAUGCUCUUCUUGCCCAUCAUUCAAAUUUAGUGAAUUCAAAUUAUAAUCUCACUGAAGAACAAUUGAAUGGUAGUUAUCUUGUUCAAUUAGCUAGCCGCAUUGCGCUUGAGUUAAAAUGUGGAACAGACAUCAAAAAGAUUUGCCAAUAUUAUCCGGAAAUAUCCUCUUUCUUCAGUUCAACUAAUCCACAAGUGGAAUCGUCUUCUAGCUUAAAUCAAUUCGACUUAGCUAUGCGAGAUUUCAGAGUCAAAUUGGGUGAUAUUUUGAUAAGUAAUCUUAAGACCGAAUUUUCAAUUGUUUCCUCUGCUUUAUCGGACCGUGAUUUCCAAAGCACAGAACUGAACAAGCCUGAUCUGAUUCAAAUAUUCGCUAGCCUGGCGUUAUUUUUGCUUCGGUCAAGUAAAGAAGACAGUAUUUACCGUUCCGAGUUGGUUAAUUCCAAGUUUGAAAUUUCUUUCGAUAUUUCAUUCUUUGAUUGUAUAUCAAAAUCUGUGUUAAUGUUCGACAAUCAGCUUCCCUGCUCAUCAACAGCUGUAGAUUAUUUACCAAUGGAUAUUCGUUUCAAUACAAUUAUGUGGAAUAAAAUUGCAUCUUCUUUAAAUGGAAUAGAAUCAGCUGAUAUCCAACGAAAUCUAAAUUGUUUGGCCUUGAAAAUUUUCAACUGGGCUCUAGAUAUGAUCCAACAACAUUUGACAAAGAACUCAAAAACAUCGUUAUUAAGUCGUCCAUUUGAUCGUGCUAAUCAACUAAUAAUUAAGUGCAUUCCUCCGAUUUUAACAAAUCUGAAAACUCAACGUGAUUCUAAUCUUGCUAACAUGUUUCUUAGUGACGAAGAACUUUACGAUUUUCGCACAAUCCUCAUUUGGAUUCAUCAAUUUGAAUGUUUUGUUUCAUCUGACUGCAACACUACCGACUAUGAAAAUCACAUCUUUGAAAAAUUGCUUCCUCUUUGGGUCAUUGUUUAUGACAAACUUCGUACACAUCCUACCUUCAAAUUAAAUUUUGACUCUAGUUUUUAUUUAGAGUUCAAUUCUCGCCUUCGACUUGACCAAAAAACACCAAUUGAAUGUUUUGCAUUCAAAAAACAUUUAUCUCAAUCGUUAACUUUGUACAAAGAUGCUUCAUGUGCCUCAUUAUUUGUGAAAACAUUGGAAUUGAGUCGCUUACUUGCAGCCAAUGGAUCUCAAUUCACAUCAAACCACAACAAAAAUCGUUUCUUAAAUGAAAUUGUGGCAGUUUAUGGGAAAAUGUACAAAGAAGAGUUUAGUGGAUUAUCAGAACAACUUGACCUGAUUGGAAAUGAAAUGCGUAAAACUUUAGUCUUCUCGGAAAAAGAAGAUCAAAAUGAUGAUAUCGAUGAAAGAAAUGACCAAGAAAUAUCAUUGUCAUUUGAAAAACCUAUCAACAUGAUGUCACAGCUAGUCAUCCCAUUAAAUUAUUUCACGUUCUUUUGGAAAGAAAUUUGUCAUUUAAAAAGUUUGGAACCAAUAACUUCUGUGACUCAAUUACUUCCUACUGUCUGUAUUUCACCGAUGCAUUCAUUUUUAAUCAAAUGCCUGCCAAUCAAUGUUUCUCUUUUGAAAGAAACAUUCCUUCACCAUCUAUCUGAUUUUCAAUAUAUUAUGACUUGUGAAAAUCUUUAUUCGCUUUUCCUUUCCAAGGAAACGCAAGAACAGAUUCAAAAUGAUGAAAUUGAAAAAUCAGAGUGGCUUAAAUUUGGCUAUCAUUUACCUUCAUCACCAGGACUUACCUUGCUGUCAUCUAAAUUGCUCAAUUCCGCGUCAGUUUUAGGAACUAUUGAUUGUAAAGCGGUUGCAGUUGAAAAACUUCAAAGUUACAUCUUCGACAAUUUCAAGACACUCGUUGAUAACAAUUAUCAUAAUUUUACAAAUAAUUUUCUGGAUAUUCUUUUGGAGCUUGUCAACAAUGUUAAAUCUACUAUUGAUGACUUUUUAUUGCAGCUGGAUCCUCGAUUUAGACUAACAUUUCUCAAGUUAUGGCAAUUGGUUUCAGAAGAUCAUGGAAAAGUUGAGGCCAAUGUACAAGGUGCAGCAAUGGUACUUUUUGGUACGAUUUUAACCCACCUAUGGUCACCGACUAUGCCAAUUGAUCCAUUACAAAAAUGGUCAAUCAAAUUGUUACAUUACCAAGAAGAAUUAAAUUUCUUGGAUGGAGAACUGUCUGCGUAUAAUCGUUUAUCAAUUUUGGAUGCUGGUGAAAAUAUGAUUCCUAAUUCAGAACACCUUCAUGUAUCUCAAGCGUUGAAAAGAAAAGCAACUGUUCUCAAGAAAAUUGAAAAACUAAAGUCCCGGCAAGGGUAUCGCCCGGUUCCCUCGAGAUAUCAAAAAUUGAGGCAUGAAGUGGUUCACUUUUUGUCGACACUGUUGCCUUUGGACAAAAUGUUUAAACUUGUUGAAAAAAUUGAUCGUCUGGAUGAGAAAAUAAUUGGCGAAUUAGUGAGUCUUCAAAAGUCUGUCUCUAAUUUCAUCAAUAAUAUUCGCUUCAAUUAUCCGCUCUACGCCAAUGUUACAAAUGAAAUGCUUUUAGGGCUAUCAUUAACCAGAUAUGGAUUAAAUCUAUCUUCUCAUGUGAUGCUAACUCAAAAAACUACCAACCUUUAUAAAACACAAAACAGUGAAAAUUUGUUCAAUGAACUUGAGUCUUUGUUUAGACUACGAAAUUCGGAUCCAAUUUCUCGAGCUAAUGAUUUGAUUAAAACUGUACGAUCAGAAGGCUUCAAACAUCUUACUUCGUUAACCCAAAUUGGAGCCAUUAGUUCUUCAAACCUUUUGUAUAAAUCAGCACUGACUGAAUUACUGAACGCCGCUCAUCUGAACAUCAUUCAAAAUGAAGACGCAUUGGUUACUCUUUUUAAAGUAAUAGAUACUUUUUUGAAAUUCUGGAUGAAAGAAGAAGCUCAAAGGAAGGAAAAGAAAGCAGAAGAAGACAGUCUUUUUCUUUAUAAAUCUAAAGUUCAUCCCGAUGAACUGCCGGAAGAAAUUCUCGAUGAAAUAGAGAUGAGCCAAAAAUUUCCAACAUAUGAACAUGAAUUCCGAGAAUUCAUCAAAAAUCCCACCAAUUCAAACCAAGACUCCAUUGACCAGAAUAACAAACAACAAUCAACAUCUAACCGUGAAAUUAUUCAAGAACAGGAUAUAAUUGAAAUAUGCAAUCUUCAUAAAGAUUUGUUAUCUAUCCUGCUAAGAAGACAAAGCCAAUCAACGAAAUCGAUUGAUAUCUUCAAACCUUUAGCUUAUCGCUAUCAGGUAUCAGCAGAAAUUGUCGAUAUCGUUGGUCCUGUUCUUGGACGUAAUCUUGAUUCUGUGUCAGUUGAAAGCUCAUGGAUAAUGACAUGUUUGUUUGAGAAAACUCUUUCUUCAACAGUUUCUUCAUCUUCAUCUUCAUUUAAUUUUUACAAAGAUCCAAAGCCUGAGGAACUGCGAGAAUGUUUCAACAUCCUUGAACCAAUCAAGAAUCGUAUUCUCAGUGAGCUUCUUCCUCAAUUCCCUGGUAAUCCAAUGCUUCAUCAGCUUUUAUUGAUUAUUGAACGUCUCUACGGUCUCAACAUCAAUUCACCGUUGGCUAAAAUUGUUACUGGAUUAGAAGUUUUACUACGCUCAGCUGAAGAUUGGGAGCAAAUGGCUCAUCGAAAAAUAAAAUUAUCAGAACAAUUAUCUAAAGUGACAUCUUUGAUCAUUAAGUGGAGAAAAAUGGAGCUUAAAUGUUGGUCAACGCAAUUAGAUUCUGUUCAUCAUGAUAUUGAGAGCAAACAAAUGAGCAAAUAUUGGUUUCACUUUUACUCUCUUAUUCAUUCCAUCCUAACAACUGAAGAAAACGAUCAAGAAAGAAAUGAAGAAAAUGAAAAACAGUUGCUAACUUUGCUCAGAAGAUUUUUUGAAGAAUCAACAAUUGGUCAAUUUAAUCCAAGACUUCGAUUGCUCGAAAAUUUCAUCGAUCAUCAACUAUGUGUUGACUCUCGGCGAUCUCAACUUCCUCUAUUUACUAUUUUAGUUAACGUUCAUAAGUACUAUCUGCAAUUCAAGUCAAGUGUUUCAGAAGAAAUAGACAGAAUAAGAAAACCCAUUGAAAAGGAACUUAAAGAUUUUGUAAAAAUUAUGCGUUGGAAUGAUGGCAAUUUUUGGAGUCUUAAAGCCAAAGUUGAAAAAUCUCACAAAACACUUCAUCGUUUAACCAAAAAAUAUGAUAAAUCAUUGUCAGUGCCAACAACUGCUUUCUUCAAAUUGGCUAAAUCGGAAUCCAAUACUGAAUCAUUCAAUUUUAAGAGUACAGUAAUGGAAACUACAGCUGCUCCUUUGGAACCUAUUCAUUGUUCUGAUUUGAAAUUAUUACCUCGUUCACACCAACUGAUUUCAAAAGUUUCAAAGUAUUCAAAGAAAACCAAAGUCUUGACUAGAAGUCUAAGAAAAUCAAUUAAGAGAGUUGAUAAUCGCACUGGUGAUAUAAUCGAAGGAAUUAAAGAAAUGGCGAACCUUAAAAUACCUCCAGGAGUCAAAGAAAAGGAAAAAUACGAAAAGGAACUUAAAAGUAUAAACAACAUGAAAAGACAAUCAUUCUCUAAUUUACUCAAGCAACUUGGUACAUGGGGCAUUUCAUUCAAAAAAGGAGUUGAAAUGUACAAUUCUUUUGAUUUGGAAACGGUUCUAGCUUCAUGUCGUCCGUUUGAACCCAUUUGGGGUUUAUCAAUAACUAAAGAUGAAACUGACUUCAUGGAUAAGUACUUUUAUUCAAUACUUUCUCGUUAUAAUGAUUUCAAAGCAGCUCUCACCAAUCCAUCUAAUGACAUAAAAGAAAUCCAAAAUGUUUUUGAGCGUUUAAAAGGAACCGCAGGUUUUAUGCUCAAUGAAAUUAUCUCAUCAAAAUCAAAGCUUUUUGAACAAUUAUGUUCUUUAAGAAAAUUCCGAAACAUUCUUGAAACUGUCUCUAUUUGUUCAAAUCGAGGUAACAAAUUAUCAUCGCCAUCUUUAUAUGAUCAUUGGAUUUCAAUCUUCUCACAACGCAAUGUUUCUCUGCAAUGUUCUCUUCGACAAAUAAAAGAGCUUCCAGUUGAAUCAAAUUCAACCGAUAUUGAACAAUUACGAUCUAUUUUUGAGAAAUCGUUGCUUGAAUUGGACAAACUCACUUUGCUAUUAAGCUCUUCACCUUUAACCUCCUACAAGUCAUUGAUAGUUUCUGCAUCUUCAGAAUCUCAACUUGAAGAUGCUUGGGAACAACUUGGAAAAAUAUCUUCUGAAUUGAAGUCUCACCUUGGUUCUACUAAAACUGAUACUGGAACUGUGGCUGAUCAAUUAAUGGUGGUAUGUAAUCAAAUAUCUGAAGAUCUGGCCAUUUUUAAAACCCGUCACUAUCCAAACGAUUCCCCAUCACAUUGUGAUCAAACAUUUGAAGCUGUCUUCAACCAGAGUGAAUGUUUCCUUGUAUCCGUUCUGUCACACAUUCAAAAGCUAUUUCUACGUCUCAAAGAAGAUCAACCCAAAGAGGUUAAUGACACAUCAAUGGAUAAAAUCUACUCUAAAAUAUCACAAAAUGCUUUGAAUGAGCUUAAUCUAACUCGAAUGCAGAAAGAAAUUGAAAAAGUUCUUAGUUCAGUUUCAAGUUCAAUUGAUGAUGAUAGUCAACCAAUCUUGCAAGAUAUCGUCUCUCACAUUCAUCAAUAUCUAAGCAGCUAUGUUGAUCUUUUAACUCACAUAACGAGUCUUAAUUUAUCAUCAUUCCGAACUCGAUGUAAAUUGUUAUACGUAUUACUCGGACUGUUUACCGAUGUUUGUAAGCAAGGAUUUUGUCUUCCCCCUCCCUGGCAAGAUGAAAAUGAAAAAACUAUUGAUAAAGAUAAGCUGAAAGAUCUGACUGAUGCUGGUUUGGGUGAAGGAGAAGGAGAAGAAGACGUUUCUAAUAAAAUUGAAUCUGAAGAUCAACUGGAUGAAGCUAUGCCUUCCGGAGCUCAAAAGGAACAAGACAAAUCUGACGAUAAAGAUAUAAAAGACGAGAAGAAUGGUAUUGAAAUGUCAGAAGACUUUGAUGCUCCUGAUUUCGGACCUGAUGAAAAUGAUGAGAAUGAUGAUAAAAAUGAAAGUGAUGAUGAUAAGGACGAUGAAGAUGAUGAUUUGGAUAAGAAAAUGGGUGAUAUCGAUGACUCUGAAGGGUUAGAUGACAAAAUGUGGGGUGAUGACGAUGAAGAUGAAGACGAGGAUGACGAAGACGAAGAGGGCGAUGAUGAUGGAGAUGAAGGUGGUGAAGAGAUAGGUGAUGAUCGACUGGUUGCUAAAGAUGAUAACCAAGGAAUUCGAGAUAAAAGUGAAGGGAAGGAUAAAAAUAAAGAUAAUGAUGAUGAGUCGGAAAAUGAGGAGAUUAAUGAACAAAAGGUUGAUGAUGAAUAUGAAGGAGAGAAACAAGAUCCAUUCAAGAAAAAAGCUGUUGGAGAAGAAGAAGAUGAAGAAUGCAAAGAAGCUGAAGAAUUUCCAGAAGAUAUGGAUUUGGAUGGCAAUGACGGUGACUCAGAAAAUGGUGAAGAUGAUAAUGAAGAGGAAGCUGAAAGUAAAGAAGACAAAGAUUUGAAUGAUGAACAAGAAAAUGAAUCUUUCGAGGAGACUGUACCUGAGGAUAUUCAAGAUCAACCUUCUGAGGCAAAUAAAAGUGAUGAGGAAGCUGAAGAUCAAGAAAAAGCUCCUGAAGAAGUUGAGAAUGAUGAAGGUAAAGAAGACGACCCAGAGAAGAAAGACAGUGAAGAGAAAGAUUCAGAAGAUCCAAGCGCACCUGAUAAUCAACAAAUUGAAACCGAGGAAGCUCCAAUGGAUUCUGGUGUUGACUCUGAACUAAAACCAAAUGCUCAAGUCGAUCCUUUCUAUCAGCAAGAUGAACGCAACAUGGCCGAAGGAGCGCGUGAACUUGAUGCUAACAAAGAAGACAAUGAAGGCGCUGGAACCAGCUCAAAUCCUCACGAGGGUCAGUCUAACGAAGGUAAAAUUAAAUCUUCAACCAUUCACGAAGAAUCGGAGAAUCAAAGUGGAUCUGUAUCUAAACCACGACAGAAAAAACGUGGACAUAAAAGUACUAGUGAAACGCCUUCUAAGGCAACUAAGAAACAACGAAUAUUAGAGCGACAUGAGCCUGAGUCGCCCAAAACUGAAGCGAAUCAAAACAAAGAGGAAAAUCAGAAGCAAAUUGAUUCUUCAUUAGUUCAACAUUGUUCUGAAGAUGAAGAGUCUACUAAAGAAGUUAUUGAUAUAGCAGAAGAUGCUGAUGCUGCUAAAAGUAGACCGGAAAACUUGGAUGAAAAUAAAUUGGAAGAAUCUGAGAUUAAAAGUGAUGAAGAUUUUAUUGAACCAGAAGAGAUGGAGACUGAUGAUCCUAAUGAAGGUCCUGUUCAGAAAAAGAAACCAGAAAAAUCGCUUGGAAAUAAACAAGACACAAAAACUGGUGAAACUAUGGAUACUCCUGAGGGUUGUGAUGCAGACAUGGUUGAUUUAGAAGGUGAUUUCAGGGAAACAUCCACAGUUGCUCGAGGUCUUGAAUCUCAAUUUUACAGCAAGUUUGGUAAAACCGAAGAUGACCAACAAACAAAUCAAUCGUGGUUUGAUAAAUUACAUGAGAAGAUCGAAAAAAGUCAACUCAUGAGCGAUGAAGCUCGUAAAGAUGCAUGGAAUCAAUGUGAGAAAUCAGUUGGACCAUUAGUUUAUGAAUUAUGCCAGCAAUUGCAAUUAGUUUUGGAACCCAUGAAAGCUGCUAAAAUGAAAGGAGACUAUCGAACGGGAAAGCGUUUAAAUAUGCGAAAAGUAAUUGAGUACAUUGCAAGCUCUUAUAAAAAGGAUAAAAUAUGGUUAAGACGAACCAAACCAAGUAAACGUCAAUAUCAGAUUAUUCUGGCAAUCGAUGACUCUGCCAGUAUGUUGGACAAUGAUUCCAAAAAGAUAGCAUUUGAAUCGAUUGCUCUUUUAGGUAAAUCUUUAUCACUCAUAGAAGCUGGUGAAUUAGCUCUUAUGAGUUUCGGUGAAGGUGAACAAGUCAACUUGCUUCACUCUUUCGGUGAACCAUUCACAGAUUCGGCUGGAUCUAAAUUACUUUCACAGUUAAACUUUGAACAAAAACGAACCCGAAUAGGUCCAUUACUAACCAGCGCUGCAUCUUAUAUGGUCCAAUGUUCCUCUCGUAAGAGUGCUCAAAGUUGCGCUGUUUCUCAACUGCUGAUUAUUAUUUCAGAUGGUCGUGGUCUUUUGAAUGAAGAUGGAGCAAUGGUUCGUCAAGCUAUUCGCAAUAUACAAGAAUUGCGCGUCUUCACUGUAUUUCUGGUCAUGGAUAGUCUAUCAAACAAAGACUCUAUUCUUGAUAUUACCGUUCCUAGUUUUGAUGGAGAUAAAGUUACAUUUGAAUCAUAUAUGGACAAAUUCCCAUUUCCAUUUUACAUCAUUUUGAAGGACAUUAACUCGAUGCCCAGAAUUUUAGGUGAAGCUUUACGAAAAUGGCUUGAAAUGGUCACACAAUCCUAAACAUUCAAUUUCUAAAUAAUUUCAAUUUCAAAAGACAUUUCUAAAUAACAUGAAGCAAGAUUUCAAAAUUGUAUACUUUGUAUAAAGUUACCUUGUAUAGUUGACUCUUUUGCUAAAGAAGAUACUUCGAUAUAUUAAACGAAAAUUAUGGGUUUUAAA